AUGGCGUUACAGCAAAAUCAGCGGCUAAGACAGCUGAGGUUCUUAAUCUAUACUUUUACCUCGGUGUUUACAAAACCCAGUGGUGAAAUCAAUGGAGAUGAGGAUGAAUAUGAAGAUAUCACAAAUGUGACGAACAUUGGUGAAUUGCAAGUGAGUGGCCCGGACGGAAUACCAGCACGCAUUCUUAAAGAAUGUAGUUGUAGUAUUGCACCAAGUCUUUGUGAAUUGUUUAAUUUAUCUUUACUUGUUGGACGACUGCCCGUUGAGUGGAAAGCAGUUAACUUGACACCAGUUCACAAGAAAGGCUUGAAAGAACCAGCAGAAAAUUACCGGCCAAUAUCUCUUUCGCCCAUUAUCGCUAAAGUACUGGAACGUUUUGUAUGCAAACAACUUUAUGGACAUGUAAUUACCUAUAUUUCCUCAGUCAACAUUGAUUUCUGCGUAACCGAUCAUGUAUAACACAAAUGCUACAGGUUCUUCACAACAUUGGAGAAAAUCUUGAUAAGAACAUACAAACUGACAUAAUUUAUUUAGAUUUCGCAAAAGCCUUUGACUCUAUUGACCAUGAUAUAAUCUUGGCGAAACUCAAGCAACUUGGUGUCUGUGGACGCAUUCUUAACUGACAGGACACAAAUUGAUGGUGUUGAUGAUGUUGCCUCAAAUUGGUCUUCUGUUACGUCCGGCGUGCCUCAAGGAAGCAUACUCGGCCCUUUGUUGUUCGUAUUAUUUAUAAACGAUUUACCGAACAUCAUUCCUGAAGACUCAGAUGCUGCCUUGUAUGCCGAUGAUGCGAAGACUUUCCGAAAAAUAACAUCAGAGGUCGAUGGUCAACAUCUACAACAAACCUUAACAUACCUAACCACCUGCAGCAACACCAAUAACAUCAAAUUCAAUGAAUCUAAAUGCAAAGUGUUAACUGUGUCCCGCAAAAAAAAACCCAUCACCUUUGCUUACCACCUUGGCUCAACCAACCUCCAUCACGUUCAAGAAGAAAAAGAUCUUGGGGUAAUUAUGACUGGAAAUCUGUCAUGGAAUUUCCAUGUUCAGAGCAUAACAUCAAAAGCCAACAAACUGUUGGGAUUACUUCGAAGAACAUGCCCCCUCCUUACUGAUGUCAGAGUUCGUCGCACCCU